GCGCGCCCCGCGAGCCCGGCGCGACAACUUUCCCGCCUCGCGAGUUCUACGAAGCCGACAUCGGGAGUGUCGGAAACAGUUGAGUGCAGUGCGUGCGUGCAGUGAACACGAGUAUUAAUUAGUGUGUGUCAUUUCUCGGAGGUUGACCGUGCUUCGAGAUUUUUGUGUCGUUAUAUAAACAAGGUGUGUGAAGUGAUGUGAGCGGCGCUGUGCCUCGCGCGAGCCAUGGCAGGCGCGCGAGCGCAGCGCGCCCGCCGCCGCGCGGCCGAGCCGUAGCGCCCGCGUAGCGCCGUGCUGCACCCACGCUGCACCCACGCCGCACCCACGUCGCACCCGAGGUGCACCCGCACGGCACCCGGGUCGACAUAACACUGCGCUGUCGGCGCGUCGUCGAAGAUGGCCGAUGAUAACACCAUCAUCGAAGGCACGGUCAAAUUUCGUGAUGGGAAAAAGUGGAAGUCGCGCUGGUGCGUCAUGCGGAAGCUGUCGCCGGUGGCAGACUGCGUGCACCUGCAAGUGUACCGCGACUCGCGCGCGCGCUGCGGCGGCGCGCCCAGCAAGGCGUCGCUGUCGCUGCAGCGCUACCUGGGCUGCGAGGCGGGCUUCACGCUGGACAAGCACUCGCACACGCUGGCGCUGCUGUGCCAGGACUUCACCGCCGUGCUGGCCUUCGAGACCCGCGAGCGGCUCAUGCAGUGGCAGGUGAAGGUGAGCGCGCAGCUCGGCGACGCGCGCCAGUACCUGGUGCUGGUGGGCGCGGGGUCGAGCGGGGGGAGCGGCGCGGGUGGCGCGCGGCGGCUGGCGGCCGGCCCGGCGCGCCUGCACCUGCACGAGCGACGCUUCGCGCUCACCUCCGGGGUGCCGCCGCGGCUGCUGGGCGUGUGGGAGAUCGCACAUCUCCGGCGCUACGGAGUGGUGGAAGGACGGUUCUGCUUCGAGGGCGGCUCGCACUGCGGCAAGGGCGAGGGCCUGCACGUGCUGGUGACGGACCAGGCCGCCGACAUCGCGCGGGACUUCCGCCUCGCCUCCCGGGGGCUGCUCACGCCGCGGAGGCGCCCGCUAGGCACCCAGAGCCCCAACUCCAACGACACGUUCAAGAAGCCUCACGCCCGACGACUGGAACUGCACACCAUAGACCGCUCUCUGCCGCCGACCGACCUGCGACUCUACGAAGACCCUUGCAUGGGCGAGGAGACCGGCGCCAUCUCACCGUACUGGCCUUCCGCGGAACGGACGCACCAGUUCCAGGACAUGGGCCUCGGCGACACGGCGUCCGUCAACGAAACGAUGGACGGAACGGACGUGGGUCCGUGGAACGGAAACGGAAAUGUGAUGCUCGAGAGAUGCAUGAGUUGUAUGUCGAAGCUGGGCGCUCUGUCUCGGUCGUCCACGGCCGCCCUGACGCCGGGCGCCAAGCACUUCAGCCCGGCGUGGACGAUGGACGCCGUGGGCGAAAUUCACAACGACGACGCGGCGGUCGGUAGCGAUGGACCCGUCGUCGGUAAGAAGACUGAAGAGGUCUGUCGCUGCGCGCCGGAGCGACCCCCCGAGCGGCCUCCCAAGCCGGUGAGGCUGGAGCUGAACCUCACGCGGAAGCCUCCUAUGCCUCUCCCCGCGCGCUCGUUCAGCCACUCGCACCUCGCCUCCAUCGGAGAGAAUAACGCCACGAGUAUCGGCCCUUAUGAAAAUUACGAUGUGCCCAAGAUACCUUCGGCAGAGGUCGAAGGAGAAUACUACGAUACGCCGAAAAGGUUAAAAGAAUGUCUCGAUAACGAAUUAUUUAAAAUUACCAAAAACUCUACCUCAAACACGCUCAUAUUGAAAAAGCCUUGCGGAUGUCUGCUGAAGCUGGGGAAGAAGCCGAAGCGACCGACCGUCGUAGACACCGAUGAGAGCUUUCAGCCGGCGAGCUGUCCCUGCGCGAGAGUCACGGACUGGGCCAACCACUGGAUCAAACUGCCGUACUGCACGAGAAACCCGAGCGACACCGAAGCCGCCGCGCCGAACAAAGAAAACGUGAAGCCGAAUACCACCGACACAAACGCACUCUACGCGACCGUGGACCUAUCUCGCAAAACGAAAAGGAAAACACAAAAUGACAACUUUAUGUAUCUCGAUAAUCAAAUGACCCGAAGUCUCGACUCGAGAACCAUCGAAGUCGACGACGGACCCCAGGCCAACUACGAGAACCUCAACUUCGCUCUGUCCCUGGAACACUACGAGAACGCCAAGGAUCUACUGCGGAGAGCGGGAGUCACGCAACCCGAGCUCGACGCGCUCGGCGCCAACCUGCGGCCCGCGCUGCGCCUCGCCGCGGCGGCAGGCGCGCCCGCGUGCGCCAAGUGCGGCCACCCGCAGCAAGACGCGGCGCCGCACGGGAAGCUGGCCCCCGACGAGUACCUGCUGAUGGAGCCCACCUCCCUCGACAGCAACAAGCUCGAGCAGGAGAAGGCGCUUCCCUCCGGCUACACGCCGAUGUCUCCGAUCGGAAGCUUCGGGUUCCACACGCUGAAGUACCCGGCCAAGAGCCCCAUCAGCCGGCUGCUGGACGAGAAGUCGGCCAGCAACCCCACGCUGUGCGGCGCCGACGAGGCGCGCGCCGGCGCCGCGCCCGCCGCCGAGCGCGUGGAGCUGCGCGCGCCGCACGAGCGCGCCGACUUCCGCAAGCGCUCCAGCUCGGCCGACUCGUCGCGGUUCCUCGACGACGUGAAGGAGUUCGACGGCAGCGUCGGCAGCCGCGGCUCGGCGUCGUCCAUCGAGACGCUGCGCGACGCGGCCGCGGGCGCGGGCGGCACGCCGUGCGCCUGCGCCACCGGCAAGCUGUCGGACGCGGACAGCUCGGAGGCGUCCAAGGCGCGCUGCGUGACGGUGGCGGUCGGCAACCGCGACUCGUCGUCGUCGAACGACUCGGGCGUGUCGAGCUGGUCGCUGGUGGCGCGCGGCGCGCACGAGCUGCCCGCCACGUCGGCCGCCGCGCGCCGCCGCUACCGCUCCGCGCGCCGCGCCGCCGACUCGCCGCACGCUGCGCCGCGUCGCUCGCGCUCGUCGGGCGGGCCGCGCGCCGAGCCCGCCGACACGCACAAGUGCUGCUCCGCCGAGGCGGAGGUGCCCAUCCUCUCCGUCACCGUCCAGCCCGCCCGAGGAGUGCUGGACACGCACAGCACGUCGAGCGGCGCGUCGGACAUGUCGGACUACGUCGAGACGCUGUCCAUCUGCUCGUCGCACUCGUCCUCCGACACGCCCGUCACCAUGAGGGUGCUGCGGCAGACGACCAGCACGCUGCGGCCGCGCUCCGGCAAGGAGUACCAGCCGCUGGCGCCGCACCUCGCGCCGCGCCCGCGCCUCCACCUGCCCUGAGCGCCGCGCUCACUGCGCUCGAGCGACUCCUAGCAAUACAUGAUGCCUUCUGGUGCAACAGUUACAAUUGUAGCAUUAUAAACUUCGAAAAAGUUGAGUUGUUCAAAAAGCCAUUCUUACAAACUUAACUGUUACUGUAUUGUAACUAUUAUUUAAUAGUGAUAUUUAAUUCAAUCUACAUUAUUAUGUCUUUUGUUGUCACACUCGUUGUUUAAAGAAAACCCUUAUUAAUAACGAAUUAUUUCGCUAUGUAUUUGUUCACUUUCUAUAUUUUGUAAAAUAUCUCGAGUGUCAUCUGAUAUAUUUU